CCCUUCUGCGUGCGUGGGGCCGCGCCUCUCGGCGGACGGGCGGGGAGGCCCCCCUGGCCCCUGCCCGGCUCCCCGCGCUCCCCCGGCCCGGGCCGUUGCUGACCGCGGAGCCGGGACAGCUGGGGGAGCCCAGCGCUGCUCUGUGCCCGCUGCUCCAGCUCCGCCAACAGCCGGCUGCGGCCUCUGCGGCCUGCCGCGUUCGCCAUCGCCUGGCACAGUUGAGGGGCAGGAGCAGCCGCUCGCUGCAGGCUUUCAAGUGUUUACGCUUGUCUGCUUUGCUUUCCACCAGCGAUCCUCAGCCACGUUCGCUGUGUCUUGAUCUUCUGAGAUGUCAGCAGAACGAGUGAAUGGUCUUGUAGAUUAGUUAUACAUUAAUCUUGUCUUCUCCAUACUCAUCACGAAUAGUCCUCAUACAAUGGAUGGUUUGGGCAACCUCCUUCCUCUUGUGGGUGAAAGUGGUGAAGCAGCUAAUUCACAAGAAAUACUAAAACUUUUGAUGGAUGAAAAAAUGCGAAGUGAGCACCACAAAGCAAAUUACCAAACUUUAAGGGCAGAACACCUAAGAUUACAAGAGGAUUAUACCAAAUCACAAGAUGAAUUGAAACGGUUGUUAGUUGAAAAACAGGCUGUACAUGACAAAUUUCAGCAGCUUCUUGCUGACUUCCAAGAGCAGUUGCUGGCUAAAACACAAGAGCUGGAACAAGUGAAGCAGCAGGUGCUAACUCCUCAGAAAUUAGAACGGUUAAAAGCAAAAAUGUAUGAGGAAUUGGAGUCUCCUAUGAGAGAGCGUUAUCAGAAGCUAGAAAAUGAAGUAGAAAAAUACAGAACACUAUAUAACAAACUUCGUUACGACCAUACCUUUCUGAAAUCAGAAUUUGAGCAUCAAAAGGAAGAACAUGCACAUAUUUUAGAAGAGAAGAAAAUAAAAUAUGAGGCUGAGAUUGCAAGACUGGAUAAAGAUAAGGAAGAACUCCAUAAUCAGCUCCUUAGCAUUGAUCCCACAAGGGACAGUAAACGUGUGGAGGCACUUUCUAGAGAAAAGGCACAACUGUGUCAGAAAUUAAAAGCCUUAGAAGCAGAAGUAGAAGAACUAAGAGCAGAAAGACACAACUGUGUUGUGCAAGCAGAAAAUGUUCAAAGAGUACAAGCACGACAGUUAGCUGAGAUGCAGACCAUGAUGCGAUCUCUAGAGGCAGAAAAGAAGUCUGCUGAACAACAGGUUGAUCGCAUUGAAAAGGAACUGCUGACGAGUCAUGAGCAAAACAUGCUCUUAACUAGCAAACUUCACAAAUCUGAACGAGAAGUCAAUUCCUUAACUGCUCAAGUAAAAGAACUUAAACAUUCACAUAAGUUGGAAGUAACAAAUGUCAAAUUGGAGGCAGCAAGAACAAAGAGUGAAGUAGAAAGAGAAAGAAACAAGAUUCAAAGUGAAAUGGAUGGAUUGCUGUCCGACAAGGAAAUUCUUACUGCAGCUGUUGAACGCCAUAAAGUGCUUUUAGUAGAAAAGGAUCGGGAGCUAAUUCGUAAAGUGCAAGCUGCCAAAGAGGAAGUUUUUGACAAUAUUGCAGCCUUACAGAAUGAAAAGUUAGAACUCGAGAACAGAUUAGCUGAUCUAGAGAAGAUGAAACUGGAACAAGAUUCUUGGAGACAAUCUGAAAAGGAUCAGUAUGAAGAGAAACUACGUGCUGUGCAGAUGGCAGAAGAAUCUAGCAAAAAGGAACUUCAGCGUUUGCGAUUAAAAAUUCAACAGCAAGCUAUGCAGACAGAGGAGCUGGAAGAAAAGAAAUGUGAAAAUGCUAAUCUGAAACAGCAAAUAAAUGAUAUCCAACUCCAGCUUGCCUCACUUUCUCAAUCAGAAAAGGAUUUGCUAGAAUCUAAUCAGAAGAUGAAGGAAAUAAUAGAGAGAUUGAAACAAGAAUGUCAACAUGCAAGGGCUCAAGCAGAGAAAGCUCAACUGGAAACAGAGAAGACUUCAGAAUACCAGCAUAUGGAAUGGCUGCAGGAGAAACAUAUGCUUACUCAGCACAUCACAGAGUAUGAAGAGAAAUACAAGCAAAUGAAGAACAAGCUAAGUCGAGCUGCUGUUGCUCAGAAAAAGAGAAAGACUCUCAAUGACAAUAAACAAAGGAGGAUGCAUGAGAAAAUAGAACUUUUGGAAGCCAAGAUGGAAGAACUAGAAAAAGAAAAUCAAGUGUUAAAUAGACAGAAUGUUUCCUCUGAAGAAUAUGCUCGCCUCCAGAAGAGGCUAAAGGACUUGCAACGUCGGCACAAUGAAUUCCGGAGUAUAAUUCUGAAUCCUGACAUACCGUCACUCAAUCCAGUCAGUGUAACGCCAUCAUCUGCCUUGCCUCCUGGGCCUGCAACAUCCUUCUCCUUUCUUCAGGAGGAGCAGCAUCAAAGAGAGCUUGCCCUGCUUGGCAAGCGAUUGGAAGAACUUGAAACCAGACAAAGAAAACAGCUGGAAGAUCUUGGACCAUCUAGAGAGCGGCUAAUGGUGGGAUGCAGGGACUUGGCAAGAAAUAAGUUCACUGGAGAAGAUGAAGCACAAAGUGAGGACUCCAAAUAAAAUCUGCAUACUCUCAAUGCUGUUAGCUUUCAAUAAUUUAUCUUUUGUAUGUGCUUUUCAUAUUUUGCCAAAAACGUGGUUGUAUGUGCCUGAAUAGCAUAAGAUAUAUUCUGCAUAGUUA